AUGGAGAACGCUGCAGGGAGCUCGAUCUAUCUUCGACUGCAGAAUGCUGCCGAUCCGCUGGGCUGCGUGGAUGGCGGGCAAUGGCCACCGGUCGAUCUGUCGCAAGUGCAGACCGAAGAUGUGCUGAUCUUUUCGGACAACUAUGGCUAUUGCAAGGACAUCCUAAACCAGGCGCCUCCCGGGCGGAUUGGCAACAAGAACGUGCAAACAAAGGCGGCUGACAAGUAUACUGAGAAGGAUGUGCAGAAGGUGGUGGGCAGCCAGGCCUGGGACAUGAUCAUCUUCGCCCUGGGCAUCGAUCUGCCGGAGAGUAGCGAGCUGGCCGAUGUGCACAAGCAGCAGGAGCUCUGGUGUUGGGGGGUGUAUAAGGAGCUCGGCUUGAGCGUCAUCACCAACGCUUGCCUCUUCGGCGCCUGUAACACCGCCAGGAAGGAGAAUGUCCCAUACCUGGUGGCAGAGAUGUUCAGACAUGCCUCCUUCGGUCACAAUGCGGUGCGGAUCCUGAACAAGGGCCGCUACGUGCUGCGACAGAUGUCUUGCAAGCCCUACAUGCGAAAGCCCGAGUGGCAGCUGCCCGAGGAUGGCGUGAUCGCCAUCAGCGGCGGCAAUGGCGCACUGGGCCUGGUGAUGGGCCUUUGGCUCCUGCGGACGGCUCAGAAGCAAGGCGGCAAGAAGUUCAGCAUCCAGUUCUUGUCUAGGUCGAUGAAGAUCAGUGAGCAGAACAUGCCGAACUGGCAGGAGGUGCAGAAUCUGGCGCAGAGUCUCGGGAUCCAUGUGGAACAGGCCAAAUGCGAUGUCAGCAAGCAGGAGCCCCCUGAGUCAGUGGAAAGCUUCGUGAAGAGCGUCACACCCAACCUGGCAGGAUUCAUCCACUCGGCAGGCGUCUUGCAGGAUGCGAUGCUGAUCAACCAGACCUGGGAGAAGUUCGACGCCGUCUUCGAGGCCAAGAGCCGCGCCGCGGCCUUCCUGCACGACGCGUUGGAGAAGAACUCGAAUCCAAAGUUGAAGUUUCUCUGGCUCUUCUCUUCAACGUCAGUCUAUGGGAACAUGGGUCAGCUGAACUACAGUGCCUCCAACUCCUGGUUGGAUGCCCUCGCCCGGCAUCGCCUC